GGUAAGCUUUCUUUGACUUCGAAUAGGCUUGACGCAGUAGGUUGAAACAGUCAUGACAAGCAAAGGAGAUUUAUUGUUACGGACAUCAGUUCUAACAUAAUACCAAAGGAAGCUGGCAUAUGUAACAGAACAGGAAAUUCAUUCAGCAACACUAGAGGAAGUGGAAGAAAUAAGAAAUUCAAGUCUUCAAACAUACAUGUGUGCUUGAUUUGGUAUCUUGUCGGUUGAUGGUUGAGAAACUUUCUUACUUCAGUUUGUAUUCAUGUGCUAAUUUGAUCACAACUCAAGAAUAAGUAACCUUUGAACAUAACUCAAAGAUGGGAGACAGUCAUUUUAAAGCCAAAGAUAUUGGGAUGCGCACUCAAAAGAAACUUCUGAGUAGAAUGGCAAAUAGAAACAUUGCCAAGGUCUUUAUUGAUGACACUUCUGCAGACUUGCUUGAUAAUCUACACCGAAUUGUGCGUUACCAGAGUGGGCACAAAAAGGAAGCUGAGAAAAUCAUAAAAAAUAUUAUAAAGAUCGUCAUUAAGAUGGGAAUCCUGUACAGAAAUGACCAGUUCAGUCAGGAAGAACUGAAAAUAGCAGAGAAGUUUAAGCACAAGUUCCACUCCACGGCAAUGGCUAUCAUCAGUUUCUAUGAAGUAGAUUUCUCUUACGAUAGAAACUACCUAUUACAAGCACUCAACGAGUGUUGUGCCAUGCUUAAAGACUUGAUUUCCAACCACCUAACCGAUAAAUCUCUUAAUAGGGUUGACUACGUAUUUUCGUUUUUUGGUUCACCAGGUUUUCUGGAUGACGUGUUUCGGCGUGACAGCCCAUAUCAAGAAACUCUUGGAAGGAUUGUCUCAGAUAUGCAUAAAAUGAUGGAAGAUGGUACACUUUAAAAAGUAGUUGAUUUACAGUGCGGGUUGUUCAGCUUAGGUAACUGUUAGUGGUUUUUUUGUAGCUUCACUUAAAGUUUUGCCAAUAUACUAUACUAGUGUGCAGAUGAGAAUCAUACACACAAACUUAAUUUCUUUUAGUAUGUGAUACUCAAAGUAUGAAAAAAACACAGUUCAACCUGUCGGUGUGUAAAAUGGUUUUACUAAAAAAUGUGUAUUAUUUUAAGAGGUAAAAAAAUAAUGUGAAUGUUCACCUUUGUUUCAUACACUAGUCUCUACAGUUUACUUUCAGAUUUAAAUAUUAAUCUGAAACCAAGUGUCUGAGAUGUUCAGUUGUGUUUCUUAAACUAUACAUGUUUCAAGUAUACAAAUUUCAUAAUAAUGUAGAGUAAAGGGCCUAAACAUUUGUAACAAGGAGUAGAACAUAGGCUUUUUCUAACAAAAUUAUUUUUUAAAAUAAUAAAAAAAAACACAAGUCGGUUACAAAUAGGUAUUUCAAAGAAUUUACUGUGCAACAAAUGAAUUAUUUUUUCUAUUGCAGGAAGCUAGUAUUUUUAUAAAAAUUGUGCAUAUUAUUUUUUUAAUAUGUAUAAUAAAAAAACACAAAGUAAAACUACACAAAAUUUUUGCAACUUAAAAUUGUUCAUGAAUUACCGGAGUGCUGUCGUGUAGUUUAUAUCGACACUAAAUGGGUGUUCAGUUUUCAAAUCUCUUCCUGUGUCAUAACUCCAUCAAGGUCAACAUAAAAUAGAAAUCUUUAUAAGGUACAAAGACCACAUCCCUAAAAAGUAUUUUUGUAUUACAGUUAUACACUUUAUUUUUACCAAGUUUUAGUUUAGUCAUUUUGUGUUUACACAUGAGCUUCUCAUUAGAUUUAGGAUGUUGUAACUGACAGUUCUAUGUUAUAUUCAAAAAAGGGGUUAAUUAUUUCUUAUACUAAUUGAUAUUUAAUUUUAUGUUCAGGAAUAAGGGUAUAAAUAUUUUUUGUUCUACUGGUUUAUGUGUUCUACUUUAGGUUAAGUGAAAAGGGAAAUAUUAUCAUAUGUGAAUAUCCACUGAUUUGAUUCUUAAUGUUUAAAAGAGGAUGCAAGUUUACUGUCUAAACUUUAAGGUGAUUACGUUUGUACCUAUCAAUGGCUUUGGUUCUACUUAAUUACAAGUAAGGGGAAGGUGUUUGUUUCAAUGAGUGUGGUUCUACUUAAUUACAAAGAGUAUGGGGAUUGUGUACACGUCUCUACCGAUGGCUGUGGCUUUAUGUAAUGUUCAACAAGUGUGGGGCUGCAUUUGUCUCUAUCAAUGGCUGUGGUUCUGUGUAAUGUUAAUCAAGUAAAGGAAGUUUGUUUGUACAUAUUGGUGGACAUUGUUCAACUUAAUUACUGGUAAGGAGAGUGUAUUUGUACCUGUCAGUGGAUAUUUUUCUGUUUUAAUUAAGUUAAAGAAAGAAGAACAGGUUGCAUUUAUCAGUUUUUUUGUAAUUCUGUUUUCUUUACGCUAUUGAUGAAAGGACGCGUAUUGACAAAAUUAAGCUAUUUUGUUCUAAGUUUAAUGAUGUGAGCUUAUAGUAAUGCAAAGAAUAAUACUGAGCCUAAAAAAGUGGUUAUGUGUUGGAUUCAAGAAAACAGUACUCUACACCUCAAGUGAUACAUUUUAUUUUAUAUCGUAUAGGAGUACACUCAUUCUGGAAUAGUUGCUUUUACUGUGGUUCAGUCUUUUAUUAAAUAGUAAAUACAUAAAAAUAUUAUCAAUAUUUUUUUUCAUCUUGGUAAUUCACUUUUAUACAGAAGUGUUGUAUAAGCUGUGUCGGAUGGUGUGAGUGGAAUGGGAUUUUGGUCUCUAUGGCAAGGCCUCCUUCAGCUUUCAAGUGUAUCAUCUAAAUGUUAUUUAAUCCAAUAUUCACAGAAGGAGAGAGAUUUUCUUUUAUGGGAACCUUUGGGAAUGUUUUAAGAAGCAAAGCAAUUGUUUUCUAUGUAAAUGUAAGCUUAAAUAGCAAACAAAGAAACACUAAAAAUUUUGUUAAGUACUAUUAGACUACUAAUGCUCACAAAACUGGAUACAUUUUUUUUUUCUAAAUAUCAAAACAACUAUGACUGUAUGUUAGAAUGAAAGUGGUGAAAUCCAUUUAAAAACACAGAAUGUUUACUUAGAACUAUUGAUACUAAGGUUUUCAAAUAGCACUUAAAAAUUUAUAGAUACAAGUGUAGGAGUCUAACACCAGCAACAAAAACAUGUCUGUAGUCUGUCCCUGUGAAGAAGGACAAAUUAAUGGUCCAGAGGAAGAGUAAUAGUACAGCUCUUUACAUUAUAUACUAAACAUCUGCUUCUAUGAAACUAAAGUAACACUGAUUCCUUAACCAAGUAGUGCCUUAGGACCUAUUGUAAAGCAAAAAUAUGCACAUAGUUCAGGUGGAAAAAAAUCUUGUGAAUUUAUACAUAGCCAUGAAAGUGUUAUUUCUACGUACUUAUAAUAGUCAAAGAGAGAGAUCUGAUAAAUAAAUGUUGAAAAAAAACUAGCAUUUUUAUAAAACUAUUGGUCAAGCACUUAGCAUUUGCUUUUGUCUGUACGUCUACCCGUGUUGUUAAUGUAACAUUAUAUGUAAACUGGUUUAUUAUUGUUGUUAGACUUCCGUUGUAUUGUUACCACACGUGACAUCCUGGCUGUAACUUACCAGUUUGUGUGUUAAUAUAGUGUUUAAUAUCUUAAAUACUAUUUAUAGUUUUAAAAUGUUCGUUAACUUAAGAUGAAUUUUAAGAACUUUUAACUUCAUAAAAAGUUUCAGUGAGGAUAAAUUACUAAUCAGCAUAAUAUUGAUCUUUUAAAUUUCAUCAUAUCAUAAAUUGUUUUUUUGUACAGUUAUAAUAUCUGUGAUGCAUUUUUUUAUUGAUUUACGAGCAUAAUUAUACCAUAUAAUGAUUUCUGAGGAUAAGAAUUAGUAAUUUAAAAAGUAAAAACUGUACUUGAAUAAUAUCUUUGUACUCAGUUUUUUUACCGUACUAUUUUUGUAUUACCUGAAACAUUCAGAAGAAAGGUACUUGUAUUUCCUGGAAUAAACUGGUAAAUUGUUAACCAUUGUAUUUAA